AGACUCGCUCAUUUUCUCUCUCUUACCAAGCUUAUUGUUGUUUUUCUCCAGGGUUUUCUUUUCCAGGUUUGUUUGGGGUUUCAGGUUAGCUUGGAGAAAAAAAAAUUGGUAUGGAAGAAACAGUAAAGAUGGAAGCAGAAGAGGGAAAUCUGAACAGAACGACAUCAUUUGAAGAAGAGAAUCUGAAAUCUGUACGUGAAGAAGACGUAACCUUAGCUCAAUUAUCUUUCUCAUCUCCUUCAAGUCCGCCUCGUCCUCUUGCUUCCUUUUCUGCGGGAAUGGAGAGAAGUGAAAAGCGUGUUAAGGUCAAGAGAAGGUACUCGGAUUCCAAAACUAAGCAUGCAAUAACGGGUCAUGCAGGGAAGUGUAUAUGCUGUGGGAAAAGUAAGCCUGCAAUUGAUAGAUUAACAAAUCCCGGAGAAGUUAAGUCAGCUGCCAUGAUUCGUGCAGAGGAAGUUCAAUCAAAUCUAGAAUCAACAUACCCUAGCUUUGUGAAAUCUUUGGUCAGAUCACAUGUUGGUAGUUGUUUUUGGAUGGGACUUCCUGGACCAUUCUGCAGAGCACACUUACCACGUGAGGACACGGUCGUCUUUUUGGAAGAUGAGUGCGGGAAAGUAAUGGGCAUGAAAUACAUUGGGUAUAAGACAGGAUUGAGUGCUGGUUGGAGGCAGUUUGCCGUUGCACACCAAUUGCUUGAGGGAGAUGUGCUGGUCUUUCAGUUAAUUGGACCUUGCAAAUUUAAGGUUUACAUAAUAAGGGCGAAUGAUCUGGCUGAAGUGGAUGGGGCUCUAGGCCUGCUAACUUUGGAUCCUCAAAUAAAACAGAAUGAUGCAGAUAAUGCAGAAAUGGCAACGGUAGCUUGUACAAGUGCAAAGAGGAAACGUCCUAGGUCACUUCCAUUGGCUGUUGUCCAAAAGAACAAUAAGAAGUCUAGUCGGUCAAGAUUAUCAGUUCCCAAGACUGGGCAACUAGCUGAGCAAUCCGAAAAUGACAGUGAAGAAGUUGGUUCAGAAGUUCUAGAAGGUUUCAAGUUGUCAUUGCCUGCUGUUCAAUUUGAAGAUGUAAAAAGCUUUGAGAAUUUCAACAUUCUAGUUGAUGGUUUAGUUCUAGAUUCUGAACUAUCUGAAGACAUUAGAAGAAAGUACUACAAGCUCUGCUGCAGUCAAAAUGCCUUUCUUCAUGAAAGUCUUAUCAAGGGUAUCAAUUUUAAGUUGAUUGCAGGAAUUAUUUCUGAAACUGUUAAUAUUGCUGAUGCCAUUAGAGCUUCUAAUCUUACCACCUCAAGCGAUGAAUUUGAUACUUGGGACAAGACUCUGAAUGCCUCAGAACAGUUUGGCAUGAAGGUUGGAUUUUUACGUGCUAGGUUGAGCCAGCUUGUAAGCCUCGCCUUUGAUUCAGAAGGUGCUACAAAGACAAGGAGGUACAUAGAAGCAAGAACUGAGCGAGUGAACACAGAAGACGAGAUAAGAAAUCUUGAAGCAAAGCUUGAGGAAUUGAAAGCCGCUAAUGAAAAGUUUGGUGCUGAUAUUGAAAGUCUCAAGUUAAAAGCUGAAAGCUAUGAGAUCAAGUUCCAGGAAGAAGUUCUUGCUCCAUGGUGAUGUAUCCUUGUGAUGUGCCAUCAAUGUAAUUUUUAUCUAUCGUAUGCCUUGUUUUUUCAAAUAUUCAUAAUCUUACCUGGUGGCUUGAAAAUUUGUGUGGAUGAAAUGGUAUAACUGCUUGACAAUAGUGACAACAUUGUAAACAUUGUUCUAACAUGCUGUAACAAUUUGGGAUUUAAUGUGUGUAGACCAUGCAGUAGCAUUGUAGGAUUUUAAGUGUGAAGAUAAUGUUAUAACUUUCUUGGACUUUA